UUCCUCAAUUUUCGUAAAAUUUACAACAACAAAUCCCGGUUUUAUCGCAUUUCCGGAAAUUAAUUCUUUCGAUUAUUCGUUUUUACGAAAACGAACCGCAACCACACCUCGUCGACUUCCAAUCGUCCAAUUAUUUAUUCAACACCUAACUUCAUUCCGAUCAUUCCGAAUACUUGUAAUAAUAAACUGACCGAUUCCGUGCCAACAGACAACAAGUGUUUUGCAAGUUGUGGCAAGUUUUGCGUUAAAACGGACCAAAAAACGUAUAAAAGUUGAAAGAAACUUUCGGUGUUUAUAAAACGUUAUGUUGACGUAAAACGGUUAGGUUAUUUUUUUUUAUAAAUUUCUCUAACGAUUUAGAUUUCCAAUUACCGUUAAAUGCCGUUCGAACGAUGUCCAGACAGGAGAGGUCCAAAUCUGGAAACUUUUUGGAAGGAUGGUUCCGGGGUCAAAAAAAGACCAAUGUACCGACUCGCCCCGCAUCUCAAGCAUUUACCCGCCCAAAUUCCGAGACAGAUCUCGGAAUGGAAGACGAAAUCGAUUUGAAACAAUACGAGCAAUCCGUGAAUCAGAUGAAAGAGGACGAGCUGGUGAAGAAAUUCGAAGAAAUGCUCAACGACAUGAACCUAAACGAAGAAAAAAAGAACCCUUUAAGAACAAUGACGCUUAGUAGUAAAAGAAACAUGUUAAUAAUGCAAUAUAAAGGGGCCAAUCAAGAGAAUAAAAAUAAAUUCGAUAAACCCCAACAAUACAUUGAGUACUUACAACAAAAAGGGGAAACCCCAAUGAAGAUUUUAUCGUGUUUAGAAUCGCUUAGAGUUGCUUUAACGAAUAACACAUUAACGUGGGUUAACGAAUUUGGAUCAGAAGGGAUGAAUUUGAUUUUUCGCAUCAUGAAUUUAUCAACAACGGGACAAUUCGAAACUAAAACGUCAGGGAUCACCGAAAAAAUCCAACAAGAAUGUUUAAGAUGCAUAUUAAAAUACACCAACAACACCGAAGGGUUAAGAGCCUUUUUAGUAAACGACGAAGGGCACGCAAUCGUCGCGAAAUGCGUCGAUUAUCGACGACCUGCCGUUGCAAUUUCCGCUUUACAAACGUUAGCGGCGCUUUGUUUGCUCAAUAACAAUAAUCUUCAGGGUUACCAAAAGAUGUUAAAUGCAAUAACCACCGUGGCGGAGGAGCGUAGAUCCGAUAGGUUCCAAUCGAUUAUUGAUUGUGUGACGAAAACGAAAAAUCAAGAACUUUGGGGUAUCACUUUGCAAUUAAUUAAUGCGUUAUUAUCGCAAGUUUAUGAUUUUGAGUAUCGGAUUCAUUUGAGAAAUGAAAUUACGCGAUGCGGAUUGUAUGAGUGCUUGGAAAAAUUGAAAAAUGAACCCGCUCCUCUCGUUAAAACGCAAUACGAGAUUUUUGAGACGGAGAAAGAUGAAGAUGGGGAGGAGUUAAGUUCGCGUUUUGAUAAUGUUAGGAUUGAUAUGGAGGAUAUGCAGGAUUGUUUUGAGACUUUGAAGAAUUUGACGAUGGAUACGUCGUCGGAGAUGUACUUUUUGAGUAUUUUGCAACAUUUAUUGUUUAUAAGGGACGAUGUAAAUAUUAGGCCGGCUUAUUUUAAAUUGAUCGAAGAAAUCGUGUCGCAAAUUGUUUUGCAUAAAUCGGGGUUGGAUCCGGAUUUUAAUAAGAAACACCUUGAUAUUGACAUUCCGAGUUUGAUUGAGGAAUUAAAAGAUCGUCCUGAUAUGAUAGAGAAAGAUAAAUAUGAAAAACUCCGUUCAGAACGCGAUACGUUAAUGCAAGAAAAAGAAGAAGCUCUUGCUAAAUUAGCUAUAGUGGAAGGUCGCGCAUCCGGCGUGGCUCUCUCCGAUGGAAAACUCGACCCAAAUAUGGUAAAUCAUAUGGGAAAAUUAAUACCAGCGCCUCCUCCUCCUCCACCUCCCCCCAAUAUGGGAACUCCAGGCAGUGGUCCACCACCACCUCCUCCUCCAAUGCCUGGUAUGGGGGGACCACCACCUCCUCCACCUCCCCCGAUGAUGGGAGGAGGACCACCACCACCACCAAUGCCCGGAGCUGGACCUCCUCCACCCCCAAUACCCGGAAUGCUACCUCCUCCUCCACCCCCAUUCGGAGCCCCCGCUCCACCUUUUCCACUGGUUGGAUUGGCAAACACGAACGUUUUACCUCAUGGAUUAAAACCAAAAAAGAAAUGGGAUAUUGGAGGCCCCUUAAAACGCGCUAAUUGGAAGAGUAUUGUACCUCAAAAAAUGUCCGAAAAAUCAUUUUGGGUAAAAGUCCAAGAAGAAAAUUUAGCAUCAAACGACAUCUUACAAGGUCUACAAGAACGUUUCAGUUCAAAACCCGCCCAAAAGAAAACGACGGAUUCCGUCGAUCGCUCAACACCUUUAGGAACGUUAAAAAAAUCGCGAGAACUCAAAGUGUUAGAUGGGAAAGCAGCCCAAAAUAUCAGCAUUUUACUCGGCGGCUCUCUAAAGCAUCUCUCGUACGAUGCGAUCAAAAAAUGUUUAUUAAAAUGCGACGAAUCCGUUUUAACAGAGAACGUUUUAGAAGGAUUAAUCCAAUAUUUACCCCCACCCGAUCAAUUACAAAAAUUACAACAACACAAAAACUCAAUCGACGAAUUAACAGAGGCGGAACAAUUUUGUGUGAAAAUGUCCGAGGUGAAACGAUUAUUACCUCGAUUAAAAUCGCUACGAUUUAAACAACAAUACAUUGAAAUGGUUAACGACGUCAAACCGGAUAUAGUCGCUGCGACUGCCGCUUGCGACGAAGUCAAAAAGAGUAAAAAAUUCGCGAAAUUAUUAGAAUUAGUUCUUUUAUUAGGAAAUUAUAUGAAUACGGGAUCGAAUAACGCGCAAGCUUUCGGAUUUGAAAUGUCUUUCUUAACGAAGUUGAAAGGAACGAAAGAUAUCCAAAAUAAAAAUACUUUAUUGCAUUACAUCGUUGAGACGGUCGAAAAAAAUUUCCCGGAUAUUUUAAACUUUUACGAAGAGAUGUCGCACGUCGAUAGAGCGAGUCGCGUCUCUUUAGACACGAUUCAAAAGACCCUAAAACAAAUGGACAGCCAAAUAAGGAAUUUAGAGAUGGAUAUUAGUAAUAAUAAGGUGGCCCAAGACGAAGACGAUCGAUUUAUUGAGGUUAUGGAGGUUUUCUGUCGCGAAUCUAGGGAUCAAUGUGAUAUUUUAAUGAAAAUGUUUAAGAAGGUUGAGAGUUUAAACGACGAUUUAGCCGAAUAUUAUUCGUUUGAUAAACAAAAAUAUACUUUGGAGGAGUUCUUUGGUGAUAUCAAAACGUUUAAGGACGAUUUUAUUCACGCUUAUAAAGAUAACGAAAGGGAACGUGAAAUAAUCGAGAAACAUCGCAAAGCUCAACUUGCCAAGGAAAAAGCGGAUAAAGAGAAACAAGAGAGGGAUGCGCGAAAAAAAGCGAUCAUCGAUAUGAAUCCAGAACAAACUCAAGAAGGAGUUAUGGACAGCUUAUUACAAGCGUUACAAUCUGGAGAUGCAUUUAAAAAUCGUCAAAAACGUCAAAGAAACGCUCGGCCAGCUGGAGCGGAACGAAGAGCUCAAUUAGUCAGAUCGAGGUCAAGAACCAAUGUGAUUGCAGGUCGAGAACUUAGAGGGGAAAUAACCGCAUAACUUUUAAACUAUCAAUUUAUAAUAAUUACAACGAAUAAUUUAUUAUUUUCCAAUUCGAUUUAUGUACCAUAUCUUGUACAUUACGACACAAAUGGGUUCUCUAUUAUUAUUUUUCUUUUUAAAUAAUUAUUUUAAGAGAGGAAAUGAGAAAAUUAUUGUGAUAAAAUAACACUGGAACCAAUAAUAUAUAAUGUAUAUUUUGCAAA